AAGAGAGAAAAACAAGAAGCUAAAACGGUGCGUUUAGCUUAGUAGAUAGUAGAGUAAAAGCAGUGACAAACAAGAAACUGGGCCGCCCGGAAACCUCAAGAUUCUAUCUCUUUUGCUGGUUCGAUCUCUGUAGGAAAUGAGAAUUCCGCGGACUCUUGAGGUUUGGAAACUGGGAACUGUCAACUAUCUGAAGGCACUUAAGCUGCAGGAGAAGCUGGUCUCUGAUAGAAAGGUUCACAAGAUUCCGGACACUCUCUUGGCCCUGCAACAUCCACCAACAUAUACCCUUGGCAAGCGUCGGACUGAUCACAAUCUGUUAGUAUCUGAGGCUGAGCUAAAAGGAAUAGGAGCUGAACUGCAUUACACACAAAGAGGGGGUGACAUUACGUUUCAUGGUCCGAAACAGGCCAUUUUGUAUCCCAUUAUUUCGCUAAGGGAUAUUGGGUUUGGGGCACGGAAAUAUGUGGAGACACUUGAGUUGACUAUGAUUGAAUUGGCGUCUCAGUAUGGUGUGAAAGCUCGUCCGGGACAAGCAGGAGAGACAGGAGUGUGGGUUGGGGAGAGAAAGAUCGGAGCUAUUGGUGUGCGCAUUUCGUAUGGAGUCACCUCUCAUGGGUUGGCAUUCAACAUUGAUCCAGAUUUGAACUAUUUUAAGCAUAUUGUGCCAUGUGGUAUUGCUGAUAAGGAAGUCACAUCUCUGAGAAAGGAGACAGACUUGGCACUUCCUACAGAAUUAGUUCACAACCAAUUGAUUUCUUGCUUCGCAAGAUUGUUUGGUUACAGUAAUCUUGUAUGGAAGGAUGCAGAUGCUGCUUCAUUAUUGUUAGACAGUGGGGAAAAUGAAUGAUAUAUGUAUUGUUUUUCAAAUGAAUCAGCUAUGUAAGCUUCUUACUCAUUCAUCCAUUUCAUUUGUCAAAAUCCUACAACUGAUUUGUAUGUUUUACCUCAAU